AGCUCCGGUCCACUAUCGCUUACCCUGCAGUGUUAAGAUGCGUCUGAAGCUGAAGCUCCCGAACCCGGGUCUGGAUGAGCGGAUUCCCUCUCACGCCGAGCUGGAGAAGCUGGAGCUGGAGGAGGCUGGAGAACGCCCGCAGUGGGACAACAAGACCCAGUACAUGCUGACCUGUGUGGGCUUCUGUGUGGGGCUGGGGAACGUCUGGAGGUUCCCGUACCUGUGCCAGAGCCACGGAGGAGGAGCGUUCAUGAUCCCGUUCCUGAUCCUGCUGGUCCUGGAGGGAGUCCCGCUCCUGCAUCUGGAGUUUGCCAUCGGACAGAGACUGAGGAAGGGCAGCGUCGGCGUCUGGAGAUCCAUCAACCCGGCUCUCACUGGCGUCGGCAUCGCCUCCAUGCUGGCCUCCUUCAUAGUGGGCAUGUACUACAACACCAUCAUGGCCUGGGUCAUGUGGUACUUCUUCAACUCCAUGCAAGAUCCCCUGCCGUGGAGUCACUGUCCCGUUAAUGCCAACAGAACAGGCCUGGAGUCGGAGUGCGCGCGCAGCUCUCCGGUGGAUUACUUCUGGUACCGAGAGACUCUGAACAGCUCGGCUGCGAUCGAGGACUCGGGCGGCCUGCAGUGGUGGCUGGUGCUGUGCUUGUUCUGCGCUUGGAUCGUGUUAUACAUCUGCUGUAUCAGAGGCAUCGAGACCACAGGGAAGGCUGUGUACGUGACGUCUACGCUACCGUACCUGGUGCUCACCAUCUUCCUCAUCAGAGCUCUGACCCUUAAAGGCUCCGUGAGCGGCAUCAAGUUCCUCUUCACUCCAGACGUGAAUGAGUUGAUAAAUCCCACGACGUGGCUGGACGCUGGAGCUCAGGUGUUGUUCUCCUUCUCUCUGGCGUUUGGAGGACUCAUCUCCUUCUCCAGCUACAACUCUGUGCAUAAUAACUGUGAGCAAGACGCCGUCACCAUUUCCAUCAUCAACGGUCUCACUUCGGUUUACUCUGCAACCGUCAUUUACUCCAUCAUCGGCUUCAGAGCCACGGAGAAAUAUGAUGAAUGUUUCGAGAGUAACAUCCUGGCUCUGAUGAACACGUUUGAUCUGCCGGAGGGAAACAUCACAGAGAGCAACUAUAACAGUGUUCUUCAGCAUCUCAACAACACGACACCAGCCGUCAUUCAGGAGCUCCAGCUCAAGACCUGCGACAUGCAGACCUUCCUGAGUCAGGGCGUCGAGGGAACCGGCUUGGCCUUCAUCGUGUUCACCGAGGCCAUCACCAAGAUGCCCGUCUCUCCGAUCUGGUCCGUGCUGUUCUUCAUCAUGCUCUUCUGUCUGGGACUGUCCACCAUGUUUGGGAACAUCGAGGGUGUCGUGGUGCCGCUCCAGGACCUCAACCUGCUCCCUAAGAAGUGGCCGAAAGAAGUGUUCACCGGACUGACGUGUGUGGUGUCGUUCGUGACGGCGCUGGUGUUCGUCCAGUCCUCGGGGAACUACUGGCUGGCUCUGUUCGACGGCUUCGCUGGCUCCAUCCCUCUGCUGGUCAUCGCCUUCUGCGAGAUCAUCGCUGUCGUUUACGUCUACGGCAUCGACAGGUUUAAUAAAGACAUCGAGUUCAUGGUGGGACACAAGCCCAACCUCUUCUGGCAGGUGACGUGGCGGUUCCUCAGUCCCAUCAUCCUCCUGGUCAUCCUGAUCUUCUACUUCGUCACGACCGUCAGCAAACAGCUGACCUACAGCGUGUGGGACCCCGAAUACGAUAACUUCCCAACGCUGAAGGAGGUGGAGUACCCGAACUGGAUCAGCGCCGUCAUCUUCGUGCUGGCCGGGAUCCCCAGUCUGAGCAUCCCUGGAGUCGCCAUCGUCCUGGUUCUGUGGAAGUGCUGCAAAAAGGGAAAGAGAACGAGCGAGAGCUUCGUUUCUGAAAAACAGGAAAUAAGUGUCAACACAAUAGCGUAG